AUGGUAAAGAAUCACUUUGUGUUGAUACAUGGAGCAAGCUAUGGUGCAUGGUGUUGGUAUAAAGUUUCAAUCCUUCUAAAAUCAUCUGGUCAUGAUGUUACAACUUUAGACCUGGCUGCUUCUGGUAUCAAUCCAAUCCAGGUUCAAGAUGUUUCUUCCAUAUUAGAUUACAAUGAACCUUUGUUAACAUUCAUGGAGUCUCUUCCUUCACAUGAAAAAGUGAUUCUUGUUGGUCACAGUUUUGGUGGAAUCUCCAUAUCUCUUGCUAUGGAAAGGUUUCCUCACAAAAUAUCUGUUGCAGUUUUUGUUGCUGCUUUUGUUAUAAGUGAAAAUCUCACUUACCCCGAUAUUCAUCAAGAGCUUAUGAGAAGAAGAGAGAAAAAAAAGGAUUGGUCUAUGGAUACAAAACGUUUCUUUUUUAAUGGAAACAAUAACCCUCCAACAGCUUUAUUAUUUGGACCCAAAUUUAUGGAAUCUCAAUUGUUCCAAUUAUCACCACCUGAGGAUUUGACGCUUUCAUUAACGUUGGUAAGACCUUUUCCUCUUUUCAACAAUGAAGAAUUGUUUCUGAAAGAAUCAAAAGUUAGCAAGGAAAAAAAUGGAAAUGUGGCUAAAGUGUUCAUCAUCAGCAAAGGCGACAUAUCGUUGAUAGAUGAUUUACAAAGUUGGAUGAUUGAGAGAAGUGGUCCAUAUGCUGAGGUGAAUGAGAUAAAUGAUUCUGAUCAUAUGGUCAUGUUCUCUAAUCCUAAAGAACUUAGCUCUCUUUUACAAAAGAUUGCAGACAAAUAUUAA